AUGUUCGAGCGUCGAGCCGCGGAUCGAUAUCAUCUUCGCAUGCACCGUGCCCGCUCUGCAGUACUUACUUCAGAUGAAAUCGUUGAGGUGCGUGCAGCUCAACGCACCUUCGAGGGUGCCUAUGUCCGGACCGCCCUUUCUCAGUUUUCUUUUGCCCUCGUCGUACUCAAGAUCUUCACCGCCGAGUUCUACAGCAUUGGAGCAUUGUUCGCAAUUUAUGGCACUGGAGUCUUGAUAAUUGGACUGUUUCGCCGCUCCCAGGGGAACCGCCAGUUCUUUUCGGAGCUCGGGGAAGAUGGAAUUCAUCGUCACAAAUUCCGAACGAGUGGAAAUGCGGUAGUGGUCUUGACCGCACUGAGUGUUGCGGCAUACGUGUGCUUGAUCGGCCUGACGCUUACCCUGCAAAACUGA